AGCCAAAAUAUGGAAAUUAUGCCAUUUCAAAAAGGUGAAUGGAAAGUGUUACUUUUACAUGGGAAUUUAGAUAUUUGGGUAUGUGAUGCUGUUAAUAUACCCAAUAUGGAUAUGUUUUCAAAGACAAUAGGUGAUAUGAUUGUCAUGAUACCGGCGAAUGUUACGAAUGCACUCGAGGGACGAAUGCAACAGAAAGUUACAUGCAAUCCGUAUGUGACAAUUGCGGUUGCGAAUGCUAUCAUUGGAAGGACUUAUGUGAUUAAUAAUUCAGAAAAUCCAGUUUGGAUGCAACAUUUUAAUGUACCGGUGGCACAUUAUGCUAGUGAAGUACAUUUUAUUGUUAAAGAUAGUGACGUUGUAGGAUCACAAAUGAUAGGUAUCGUACCGAUAUCAGUUGAAAAAUUAUACACGGGAGAACGUAUAGAGGGAGUUUACCCAAUUUUGAAUAGUAGUGGAAGGCCUUGUAGGCAAAGAGCUUUUUUACGAUUAUCGAUUCAGUAUAUACCGAUGAUAGAAUUGAGUUUUUAUCAUUUUGGAGUUGGUGCAGGUCCAGAUUAUUGCGGGGUUCCGGGUACUUAUUUUCCUCUUAGGAUGGGUGGAAAAGUGACUCUUUAUCAAGAUGCACAUGUCCCCGAUAAGUGUCUUCCGAAAUUGAAACUCGACCACGGGAAGACAUUCAGUCACGGAAAGUGUUGGAGUGAUAUAUUUGAUGCUAUUCAACAAGCUAGGCGGUUGAUUUAUAUUACGGGGUGGUCAGUUUGGCAUAAAGUUAGAUUGGUACGAGACACAUGUCCUUCAGAUUAUACUUUAGGCGAUUUGCUUAGGUCAAAAUCCCAAGAAGGAGUUCGUGUGCUACUUUUGUUAUGGGAUGAUCCUACUUCAACUAGCAUUUUGGGUUAUAAAAUGGAUGGAAUAAUGCAAACCCACGAUGAGGAAACACGUCGAUUUUUCAAGAAUUCUUCGGUACAAGUGUUGCUUUGUCCACGUAUUGCUGGAAAACGACAUAGUUGGGCCAAGCAAAAGGAAGUUGGGACGAUUUACACACACCAUCAAAAAACUAUAAUCUUGGAUGCUGAUGCAGGGGAAAACCGAAGGAAAAUUAUUGCUUUUGUUGGUGGCCUUGACUUAUGCGAUGGACGAUACGAUUCUCCACAUCAUCCUUUAUUUAGGACACUAAAAACUCUUCACAACGAUGAUUAUCAUAACCCAACGUUCACAGGUAGUGUUAUUGGUUGUCCAAGAGAACCAUGGCAUGACAUGCAUUGCAAAAUCGAUGGACCUGCUGCAUACGAUGUUCUAGUCAACUUCGAGGAACGAUGGUUGAAGGUCGCAAAACCUGCUAGAAUCAAGAAAUUAAAAUUCACAUACGAUGAUGCUUUGUUAAGGAUCGAAAGAAUUCAAGACAUUAUCGGAGUUUCUGAUUUUCCCAUCCCUAAUGACAAUGAUCCCGAAGCUUGGCAUGUUCAGAUUUUUCGCUCUAUUGAUUCAAAUUCCGUUAAAGGCUUUCCAAAGGAUCCUAAAGAAGCCACAAGCAAGAAUUUGGUGUGCGGUAAAAAUGUACUUAUCGACAUGAGCAUACAUACAGCAUAUGUCAAGGCCAUUCGUUCUGCACAACAUUUCAUUUAUAUCGAAAAUCAGUACUUUAUCGGAUCGUCCUUCAAUUGGAAUACUAAUAAAGACUUAGGAGCUAACAACUUAAUUCCAAUGGAGAUCGCCCUUAAGAUCGCCAAUAAAAUUAAAUUAAACGAGCGAUUUGUUGCCUAUAUUAUCGUUCCGAUGUGGCCCGAGGGUGUUCCAACCGGCUCUGCCACUCAAAGGAUUCUAUUUUGGCAGAACAAAACUAUGCAAAUGAUGUACGAGACAAUUUACGGGGCAUUAGUAGAAGCUGGACUUGAGAACGCUUUCGCGCCGCAAGACUUUUUGAAUUUCUUCUGUCUUGGCAAUCGCGAGGUCGAUGAAUUCCAGACUUCGGGUAUUGCAAAUCAAAAUACUACUACUACUGCAACUACUCCUCAGAGUUUUAGUCGAAAAAAUAGAAGAUUUAUGGUCUAUGUCCAUUCGAAAGGCAUGAUAGUCGAUGAUGAAUACUUAAUAAUUGGGUCAGCAAACAUCAAUCAACGCUCGAUGGAAGGCACAAGGGACACCGAGAUCGCAAUGGGAGCUUACCAACCACUACAUACUUGGGCGAAACAAUGUUCCGCUCCACAUGGACAGAUAUACGGAUAUAGGAUGUCGUUGUGGGCAGAACAUCUCGGAGUUAUCGAGGAAUGUUUUACACAACCAGAGAGUCUCGAAUGUGUAAGAAGGGUCAAGCAUAUGGCUGAGAUGAAUUGGAAACAAUUUGCAGCUGAUGAAAUAACAGAGAUGAAAGCACAUUUGCUUAAGUACCCCGUCGAAGUCGACCGAAAAGGUAAAGUUCGACCACUUCCGGGAUAUGAAACUUUCCCAGAUUGCGGAGGACAUAUAGUUGGUUCAUUUCUUGGCAUACAAGAAAAUCUUACAAUUUGA